AUGGAUCCUGCAAAGGGCGAGUCAAUCAUUCCAGCGGAGACGAAGGAGACUCAGCAGCAAGAGCGAGUGCACAGUGUUCUGCAAAGAGCGCAAAACACCCGCUUUGACGUCCCAGAGGGUCGAAACCUUGGUAACAUUGACCAUCUUAUUGCCCAAUGCACAGAUGAAAGAGAAAUAAAGGAGUUUAAGCAACAAAAGCGCGUACUUCGCAGCGGACAAGCAGCCCUUGAAUCGAGAGAUCGUAAAAAGCAGCAGACUGAGCGUCUGGAAGAUGAGAAGAAGCAAUAUACUGCCCUCAUUAGUGACAUGGAGGAAGAAUUGUCCCAACUCAGUCGGAGGAAUGAGCAGCUACUUUUUGAAAAAGAGGCUCACACCAUUGAGACUGGCGAGCUUAGGAAGAAGGUAGCUGUUCUUACUGAGCAUAUGGAACGACUUCAAAAUGCUCUUGCCGAGAAUAAUAUCACAUCUCAAUCCAUGGAUAAGUUUGGAAACUUCGAGAGACUCGGCUCUUACAUCUGGCCAUGA